CUGCCAUCAACACGCCAAGUGAUCCGCUACACCGGGUCUUAUCAUUCAUUUCUGUAUCGCUCACUCUUUCAGGCGGCCCCUACAUGGAUUUCUCCCGGAUUUGUCAUCUCUAACAUGGACGACCGGUCGGAAGGUUGCUCCUUUGCGCAGUGAGUCGGACAUGCGGAGUAUCGCUGAUCGAAUGUCCUCUUCUCCAUCAGUGACCAUGCCGUGAUCACGGAUCGCUGAAGAAAAAAAACACGUCCAAAGCAGAAAUAAGUAGGAACCUUACGGUGACAUGCAGUGCAUCACAGACAUCAUGAAGAUUUGCUCCCCUCUAACAACUCAUGACAGAUCCAAGCUUGUGAUGUUGCUGAUUUUACUGUGUGUGGGAUAUUCUCACGGGAUGCCACAUGUGUUACGAUUCGGUGGAAUAUUUGAAUCGAUCGAAAGUGGUCCAUCAGGUGCUGAAGAACUUGCCUUUAAGUUUGCUUUAAAUACUAUCAACAGGAACAGAACUUUACUGCCAAACACCACACUAACAUACGACAUCCAAAGGAUAAACAUCCAUGACAGUUUUGAGGCCUCCAGAAAAGCUUGUGACCAGCUGUCUCUGGGCGUGGCUGCCAUCUUUGGCCCCUCCCACAGCUCCUCUGCGAAUGCGGUGCAGUCCAUCUGUAACGCUCUGGGGGUGCCGCACAUCCAGACCAAGUGGAAACACCAGGUGUCCGACAACCGCGACUCGUUCUACGUCAGUCUGUAUCCGGACUUCUCCUCCCUCAGCAGAGCUAUUCUCAACCUGGUGCACUUCUUCAAAUGGAAAACAGUCACUGUGGUUUACGAUGACAGCACAGGUUUGAUUCGAUUACAGGAGCUCAUCAAAGCUCCAUCUCGUUACAACAUUCGGUUAAAAAUACGGCAGCUACCAGCAGACACAAAAGAUGCCAAGCCGCUUCUUAAAGAGAUGAAAAGAGGGAAAGAGUUUCAUGUGAUCUUUGACUGUGGCCACGAGAUGGCUGCUGGAAUCCUUAAACAGGCUCUGGCCAUGGGAAUGAUGACUGAAUAUUACCACUACAUAUUUACCACCCUGGAUCUCUUUGCAUUGGAUGUGGAGCCAUAUCGCUACAGCGGUGUGAAUAUGACAGGAUUCCGUAUCCUGAACACAGAGAACAGUCAGGUGUCAUCAAUAAUUGAGAAGUGGUCCAUGGAGCGCCUGCAAGCACCUCCUAAACAUGACUCGGGCCUGCUGGAUGGUUUCAUGACAACAGAUGCUGCCCUGAUGUAUGAUGCAGUUCAUGUGGUGGCAGUGGCCGUCCAGCAGUCUCCUCAAAUCACUGUCAGCUCACUCCAGUGCAACCGCCACAAGCCCUGGCGCUUCGGCAACCGCUUCAUGUCACUCAUUAAAGAGGCACACUGGGACGGCUUGACCGGACGGAUAAAUUUCAACAGAACCAACGGCCUGAGGACAGAUUUCGAUCUGGAUGUCAUCAGCCUCAAGGAGGAUGGUCUGGAGAAGAUUGGAACAUGGGAUCCUUCGAGUGGUUUGAACAUAACUGAUAACCAGAAAGGAAAGACAGCAAAUGUGACGGACUCUCUCUCCAACAGAUCACUGGUGGUGUCUACCAUACUGGAAGAGCCCUACGUAAUGUUCAAGAAGUCAGAUAAGCCGCUGUAUGGCAACGAUCGUUUCGAGGGCUUCUGCAUCGAUCUGUUGCGAGAGCUCGGCGCCAUCCUGGGCUUCACCUAUGAGGUGCGACUGGUGGAGGACGGGAAGUACGGAGCACAGGAGGAGAGCACGGGCCAGUGGAACGGCAUGGUCCGAGAACUGAUGGACCACAAAGCUGAUCUUGCAGUGGCGCCCCUGGCCAUCACGUACGUGCGGGAGAAGGUCAUCGACUUCUCCAAACCCUUCAUGACGCUGGGGAUAAGUAUACUGUACCGCAAGCCCAACGGCACCAACCCUGGGGUGUUCUCCUUUCUCAACCCCCUCUCCCCCGACAUCUGGAUGUAUAUUCUGCUCGCUUACUUGGGUGUCAGUUGUGUGCUGUUUGUCAUAGCCAGGUUUAGCCCCUACGAAUGGUAUAACCCCCACCCAUGCAACCCUGACUCGGACGUGGUGGAAAACAAUUUCACCCUGCUAAAUAGUUUCUGGUUCGGAGUUGGAGCUCUCAUGCAGCAAGGUUCCGAGCUCAUGCCCAGAGCCCUCUCCACCAGGAUAGUAGGAGGCAUCUGGUGGUUUUUUACCCUAAUCAUCAUAUCCUCCUACACGGCCAACCUAGCCGCCUUCCUCACCGUGGAGAGAAUGGAGUCCCCAAUUGAUUCGGCUGAUGAUCUGGCCAAGCAGACCAAGAUCGAGUAUGGGGUGGUGGAAGAUGGUUCCACAAUGACAUUCUUUAAGAAAACGAAGAUCUCCACGUAUGAUAAGAUGUGGGAGUUCAUGAGCAGUCGCAGGCAUUCGGUGAUGGUGAAGAGCAUCGAGGAGGGAAUUGAGAGGGUGCUAACCUCAGAUUACGCCUUCCUCAUGGAGUCCACCACCAUUGAAUUUGUCACCCAACGCAACUGCAAUCUCACACAGAUUGGAGGUCUCAUUGACUCCAAGGCCUACGGAGUUGGCACACCAAUGGGUUCUCCUUACCGAGAUAAGAUCACCAUCGCAAUCCUGCAGCUGCAGGAGGAGGGAAAGUUGCACAUGAUGAAGGAGAAGUGGUGGCGAGGGAAUGGCUGUCCCGAGGAGGAGAAUAAAGAAGCCAGUGCGCUGGGCGUCCAGAACAUCGGCGGAAUUUUCAUUGUUCUGGCCGCUGGACUCGUUCUCUCUGUCUUUGUGGCAGUUGGGGAGUUUCUCUAUAAGUCCAAACAAAACGCACAGCUGGAAAAGAGGUCCUUCUGCAGUGCCAUGGUGGACGAGCUGCGGGUUUCCCUCAAGUGCCAACGACGACUCAAACACAAGCCGCAACUUCCCGUCAUGGUCAAAACAGAUGAAGUCAUCAACAUGCACACCUUCAACGACCGAAGACUGCCAGGCAAAGAGACCAUGGCCUAAAAGGGACACCAGCUUUCCCUUUCUUUUGAUCCUGGAGAAGAAAACAUCAAAGGGAAAAAUGUGGGUGGGGAGGAAGUCGGUUUUCUAUAUUGGGAUGGGAAGCUUGUCAUUUCAAACAAUUAGUUACUGAGAACAACAACAGAAAGUGAAACAUAUUUCCUGUGGAAAUAACUUGAAUCUUGGCAGAAAUUUAGUUACCUCAUCGCUCCACAACACCACCAGAGCAAAGACUGACCCAUGCCAUCGUUCAGGGUAACUCUUAGCAGGAAAUACACACAGCUAGAGCAGUGAGAUCAAAAUGAUGGAAAGUGGUUUGUCUGCUCAUCCAUGCUAGUUUUGGUUUGAUGACACUCUGUUGUCUGCAUUGAGUCCAUUAGAGAGAAUGCAGAGACUCGCCCUGACAAAUACAGGGACGAAAGGACAGAUUUUUAAUACACACUUGUGCUAAAUUGCUUUUAGGAGCAAAAUUAAACAGACAGUGCAGAACUACUCAGAAACAAUCAAUCUGCAGUCUUUAUUCAGCGGCAGAGCAAUAUCACUGAAAUCAUUUAACAUGUUUUUCACCCACACUCACAAGCAAUGGAAGCAGGAUGGGGUAACAGGCAAUAUAUUACUUUAACUUGUUUGCAUUUUAAAGUACUAACACUUUCAGCGUGUAAGGCCAGAGAAUGUGUGUGUGUGUGUGUGUGUGUGUGUGUGUGUGUGUGUGUGUGUGUGUGUGUGUGUGUGUGCUUUUUCUUUUCUUUUUUAGUAAAAUAAAUAUACUGAAAGAGUGUGACAGUUGCUCUUUUCAGUGCUGUAGUAGUGGCCCCUGCUGAAUGCCACAAUGACUGAUAGGAUGAAUCUCAUGAGAACAUUUCACCCCAAAAUAAGAAACUAUUUUGUAUUUUGAAAAUUAAACCUAGUUUUAGGACCAUUAAUAUUUCUUUUGGAGUUUUUAUUUUGUAUUUUGUUUUAUUCCCAUUAUUCUCAAUUGAGAUUGACAUGUAUUAAGAUUCUGGAAUUUAAUUACUGCAUUACAAUAAUUUGAUUCCAAUUAAUGUAAUGCAGUCGAUUUUACUGUAUUAGGUUAAACUGUUACUGUAAUAAAAUAUUUUUUGUUUAUUUAAAUCAGCAUACAUUAAAGGCAGUACAAUAUAUAGUAUAAAGGUGAUGUAUAAAUAUUUUAUACAUCUAAAUAUAAAUAACUUGCGAUUUAAAUAGGAUAUCUGUUUUAAAUUCCCUGUGUAUACACGGUUGACUUUUAUUAUGACAUACCACACUUUUAUUUUGUAUGCUGCGAGCAUACAGAAGUUCUGCCAUUCCAGUGUUUCACUUUUCUAUGCAUUUUUAUUCCAUUGUUGUAACCAUAUCCGGUUUGUAUUAUUAUUUAUAUAGCCUAUUUACAAUCUAUACAUAUUAUAAUCAUUAUGUAAAUCACAAUGUAAUUAACACAAAUGUACAGGCUAUCAUUGCAAUGGUUUCAUCUCAAAUAAACAUAAUAAAGUACUCAUCAGAAUAUGUCUGAUAGCAUUAAACAUAACUAAUCCCUUGUUAAACCAAAUAUGAGUGCUAUCAUACCUGUAGCAAUGAAGGGGUUAUUGCAGAUUAAAAAAUGCGCAUGGAUCACCACAUAUAACUUGCACAUUGCAUCAUCAUUCACAUAAUACAUUUCAAUGAUACAAACCAGAUGUGAAAUAACAACAAUUAAAAACUUUUGUUCAUGAACGCACAUUCACAAUUUCUGAGAUAAAUGGGUGCAUUCCAUUCUGAAGGACUCAUCAAUUUGCCCUAAUCCCGUCCCAGAAUCAGAGCUUCAGAGGGCUGAAUGGUGUAUGGCUCAAAAAUAUAAUUCAUUCGGAACGCACUUUAACGGCAUCUAUCCAAGUCAAAUAAGCCACAGUUACCGUCGCACAAAGGCUGGUGCUAAUUUAUCUAAUCAGAAAUACUGUAUUUACACAUGACACUAUUAACUACCUUUAAGAAUGCAAAAAAAGAAAUUAACAAAUGCUUGAAAACGUUUAGGCUAUAUGAAGAAAUGUAAGCUUCAUCAAAUAUGUGUUUAUUUAUUUGAAUAAAAAAUGAACCAGUAAACAAAAUUAAAGUAUAUGUUCAAUUGUUAAAUAAAAACAAAUAACAGAUAAUGUGAUAACAGAUCUGUAGAAUAACAGAUCAAGCGAUUUUACAAUAAAAUAUUGAAUUACUUAUGAAAAUCGAGAGAUCAUGGACAACAUGGACAAAUUGACCAUUGUUACCAAAUGUUUGCCGGAGCUUUACCACUACCGGCGAAGAGCUGCAAACGUUUGGCUAUCAUUUGCAGCAAAUAAAAAGCUAAUUUGCAUGUGAAAAUAACGAGUGGCAGAUUUGCUGCACAUUUGCGGCUAGUUUAGAUUUUUUUUGUAAGGGAUGCAAUAAUAAAACUGACAAUUUCAAACAGAAAGCCAGGGGAUUGAAUGUUCAUUAUAAGAAUUAAAAUAUUUGUUGAACCAUGGAGAUGAAGGGAUGUCACAUGUUUUUGUUAAUAGAACCAAAGUGUGUUUGCAGUUGCAGCUGGUUUGAUAUACAUUACACUUAGCACACUUCUAGAUAUCUAACAUAUGGUCUGGUUCUGGUCCGCUUGGUAGAGAAGUGCCCAUCAGUUGAAUCCUAUGGAAAUGCUCGUUUUGAAGGGCCUUUUGAAGCAGAUAUUUAUGAGCCCUUAGAUUUGGAACGUCACUUCAACAUGGUGGUCAUGAUUGUUGUUCUUUUGAAAGUUCCCUUUGGAGGCUGAUUUAUGCCGUUUGGAAAGCAGGGUGAAAUGAAAACUGAAAUGCUGCAAUAGUGGAACUGCUGUCGGCUCCUGGAUUACAAAAUAAAAGUGUGUUACUGUAUGUCAUAAUAAAGGUCAACCAUACACAGGGAAAUUAGAACAAUUCAUGUGUUAGAUGAUUUUACAUUGUAAAAAAAUUAUUUGAAUGGUCCUUAAAUAGGUUUCAUUUUCUUUGAGCAAAAUAUUAUUUCUCAUUUCAGGGUGAAUAAUGAAUGGGAUAUGUUCUUAAUAUGUUGAUAUUCAUCUGUUAAGCUCUUCAAAAAUUUGGUAAAUUAACUUAAAAGAACUCAAGAAACAAAAUACUUUUGCUAUGUAUUUAUUCAAGCAUUUAUCAUUUGUUACAGAUACAACAACUAUGAACACACAUAGCUAUUCAGUAAUAUUUUACGUCUCUUUUUCAAUAUCCAAGUUUCAGUUGAAUGUCACGUUACAUGUUUGUACUUUUGUGGAUUUGAUUUCAGAAACAGAAUCCUUGUGGAAACUUGUGCAAAUGUAAGAUUUCUAUAAACUAAGGUGUUUUGUACAAUUAAAUAAUAUCAACAUUUUGUAAUAGUUUUUAUCAACACAAAUCAAUCAUUGGCAUCUCUCUCUUGAUAUGGGGCUGGGCCAUCCCGUGGUGUCUACACCAGAAUUUAAGGUGAUGAUGGCCUCUGGGCCCGAACAUAUCCAGGACCACAUUACCUGGCCUCCAUGAGGAAGAGUCCAUGCCAGGGUUCAUGAUAGAUACCCCAUCUGAACUGGGCAUACUGAGGCCCACAUGAAGGGGGAAGUGCUGAGCAUGCCCGGUGUUGAUGUGACACACAUUUUGGAAAGAUCCUAUUUUUAUCAUGUAAAGGAACCAUAUUUAAAUAAAGAUAUUUUAACUUGAGAUAAAUAGAAACGAUAAAACUGAUUCAGAUGUGUGGUACAUACAUAUAUAAAUAUACGAAGUGAAGAGAACUGCUAAUUUCACUUCUUAUUUGAUGCCCGGUUUCUAAUAGACUGCUAGUACUCAGUGCUGAGACGUUGUGUGUAAAUGGUUUAAAAUGGAUAAGAUGUAUUUCAAGAUUUUUUCAGAUACAAAGCAAUUUUGACCAUAUUGUGAAAACAAACUGAAGUGCACACAGUUUACUGUCUGAAGUUGAUGCACAAGUUUAAAGGAAGUCAUUAAAAAAA